AUGAGAACUUCAAUGGCUUUUACUUCUUCAUUCAUUAUAUUGCUAUUGUUACUCUCUCAGCCUUUGCUAAUUUCAUCUGAAAAUCAAGAAAGCAUACCCCAAGUACUGACCUCUUGGGGACGAAGGCUUGCACAACACGCUGACUCUAUUCGAGUUUUCAAUAGGAAAGUUCGUGUUGGUGGUGGUGGUCGUCGUACUCACCGUCGUGUCCCUAGUGGUGGUCAUGGUGUCGGUGGAUCGUCGUCGGAUACUAGUCGACCUUCUCUCUCGAUCGCAUUGCGAUUUGGUUCCACGGUCUUGAGCUCUAUUCUGUUGAUAUUAUUCGCCUCCUAGUUUCUACAUUCUUCUAUUGUGUCUUUCUAUUCUUUAAUGUGUAU